AUGUUCCGCCAAGCCGCUCUAUUUGCACUUGCUCUCCUGCCAUUUUCAUUGGCCCAAGUCUCUGACGAUUUCGAGGCCGGAUGGGAUCAAACAGCAUGGCCCACCUACGCGGUCGACUGCAACCAAGGCGGCAAAGUCACGCUUGACAGCACCACCGCCCACAGCGGAAAGAACUCGAUCAGAGUUGACGGUGCGGGUGGUUACUGCGGACACAUUUUCUUCGGCACAACCAAAGUUCCUAGUGGUGAUGUCUAUGUCAGGUCUUAUGUCAAAGCCUCCAAGGCUCUCACAGACUCCCACGUCUCUUUCAUCACCAUGCCUGACUCUGCCCAAGGCACGAAUAAGCAUCUCCGCAUUGGUGGCCAGAGCAAGAUCCUGAUGUACAACCGAGAGUCCGACGAUGCGACACUCCCAGACCUCUCACCUCAAGGCAUUGCGACUUCCGCUGCCCUUCCCACCGGCGCCUGGGAGUGCUUCGAGUACCAUUUGGGCACCGAUGGCAGCAUUGAGACUUGGCUGAACAAUAGCACCGUUGCUGGUCUGACCGUAAAGCCGGGUGUCACCAAUCCCAACGCAGCCCAGUGGACAAGGAGCUCUUUCAAACCUAAGAUCACCGGUGUUUACUUUGGAUGGGAGUCUUACGGCGGUGACACCAAUACAUUCUGGUACGAUGAUGUCGUCGUUAGCUCGAGCCGUAUUGGCUGUUAG